AUCGAUAAAAGAUAAUGUUUGUAUAAUUAAUCCCAGCAUUACUAAAACACUUUAUUUAGUACUAUUCUCAUACAUCCUAUCAAACUAUCCCUAAGGGCAGAUUAAAAUACUCCAUCCGUCCCAAUUUAAGUGAUUUAGUUUGAUUAAACACAGAGUUUAAAAUACAAAGAGAGACUUUUGAAUCUUGUGGUUCUAAAUUAAAGAUGUGUAUAAUGUACUAAAAUAUUAUUUAAAUCUUAUGGUUAUAAACUUGUAAUGUAGAAUAUUUGAAUUGUCAACUUAUUUAUAUAGAAAGUGACUUUUUUAGGAUAGACAAAAAAAAAAAAAAAAAAAGUAAAACUCUACUGGAACAGAAGGAGCACUCAACCAGGACUUGUAACUAUCUCUGGUAACAGACCUGUGCUCUCGUGACAAGUCUGUUUGGCCUAUGUCGGGAUUUAAGAAUAAGACCUUCCAAUUGUAUACACUAUACAGCCACACUUGUGUUUCUCAAUACUCGGGGAGUUUGCAUAUUCCCUACAUAAUCAAUUGCGUAACAGUUUUGAAUUGUACUUGUAAAGUCAUAUUCACGUGGGAAAAAAGUCUCAAUACAACAUAUAUACUGCUUUAUAAAUCACCAUCACAUUUACCAAACACAGCCAAGAUCACACGUUACUAAAAAUAGAUUAUCUUCAUAUAUUUGCUACAACCAUCAGAGAGAGAGAGAGACAGCCUUGUUAUGGAGUCCAAAAAAAACACCUUUAGCGUACUCAUGAUACCAUGGUUAGCCCAUGGUCACAUAAAUCCAUUCCUAGAGCUAGCCAAGAAGCUUGCAAACAGAAACAUACACAUUUACAUGUGUUCCACUCCGGUAAAUCUAAGCUCCAUCAAGAAAAGAGUCACAGAGAAGUAUUCUCAGUCAAUAGAAUUAGUUGAGUUUCAUCUUCCAUCUUUGCCAGAUCUUCCUCCUCAUUACCACACGACUAACGGCCUUCCAUCCCAUCUCAUCUCCACCCUCAAAAAAGCUUUUGAUGUGAGCACUCCAAACUUCUCUAAGAAAUUACAAACUCUAAAUCCAGACUUGGUCAUUUAUGACUUCAAUCUGCCAUGGGCUGCUGAGUGUUCUUCCUCUAUGAACAUUCCUGCUGUGCAGUUCCUCACUUUUAGCGCAGCCGUGAUUGCUUUCGGCAUCCACAUGUAUGAUAAGCCAGGAGAAAUGUUCCCAUUUCCUGAAAUUUACCUGCGUGAAUACGAAAUGCUUUCAUUGAAGAAAGUUCUUAAGGAAGUACCAGGUGGGAAGUUCCCAUUCGAUCAGGGUCUUAGGCGAUCACAGGACAUUAUUCUGAUGAAAACCUGCAGAGAUUUUGAAGGGAAAUAUAUGGAUUAUCUUUCAAGUUUGGUCUCCAAGAAAACAGUCCCAGUUGGUACACUAGUUCAGGAAUCCAUUUACCAUGAGGAAAUCACACAAUGGCUUGACAAGAAAGAAGAAUGUACAACUGUGUUUGUUUCAUUUGGGAGUGAGUAUUUUCUAUCCAAGGAGGAAAUACAUGCAGUAGCUCAAGGGCUAGAACUUAGCAAAGUGAACUUCAUUUGGGUCAUUAGGUCUCCACAAGGGGAAAAAAUUAGUAGUAUUCAAGAUACAUUACCAGAAGGGUUUCUUGAAAGAGUAGGAGAAAGAGGAAAGGUUAUGGAAGGAUGGGCUCCUCAAGCAACAAUUCUUCAACACACAAGCAUUGGUGGCUUUGUGAGUCACUGUGGAUGGAGUUCUGUCACGGAAAGUAUGAAGUUUGGUGUGCCCAUAAUUGGCAUGCCCAUACACCUGGAUCAACCUAAGAAUGCUAGGCUUGUGGGAUAUAUAGGGAUGGGAGUCGAAGCAGUGAGGGACGAUAGUGGGAAGUUAAAGAGUGAAGAGAUUGCAAAGGCGAUGAGGAAGGUGGUAGUCGAGAAAAGCGGGGAGGCUGUAAGAAAGAAAGCUAAGGAACUGAGUGAGACGAUGAAUGCAAAAGGGGAUGAUGAGAUAGAUGGCGUGGUGGAAGAGCUGGUGGCACUUUGCAGCAGCAAAUGAUUAGCAAUAGGAUUUAUUGAUGAUUCAUCACCUUUCCGGUGUGUUAUCAACACAUAUUUUCUGAAGUAAAUAAUUAGUACUUCUUGUUGGCUUAACCUGCUGAUUUUUUUUUUUUUUUCACACUAUGAUUGUGUGCAUCUUAACAUUACAACAACAACAACAAGCCCAGUAUAAUCUCACUAUGUGGAGUCUGGAGAGGGUAGAGUGUACGCAGAUCUAACCCCCACCUUGAAGGGUAGAGUGCAUCUUACCAUUGAAU